GUAGUAGAAAAGUGGAAGUAAGUACGUAAAGAAGUUCUCUUGUUCUCUACUAUGCAGACAUAGACUAGGAGCACAAAAGUAGUGUACUGUGUGUGUGUGAGCAUUAUAAAUUGCCAUUACUAAUUACAUAUUAAAAGUAAAGGUUAACUCUCUCAUUAGGCUCAAAAAGGCAGAGUCGAGCUGUAUAAUAGGUUGAAAAAAGGCUGAGUCCGAUCCUCAAUAAUUGCAUUAUUUACUACUUAAUAAAUCCCCUCUAGUUUUUCAAAAUAUAAACACAUACGACAGAAUUUAUGCAUUUAUUAUAAUAAAUAGAGUGGGGUUUGAUAACUGUUAUGUGCAUCGUCACGUUCAUUAGCUUAGCAUAAUAAUAAUCAUCAUCAUCAUUAAGUAAAUAUAGGAAGGAGGAAAAAAAAGGAUAAAAAGUUGUGUGUCGCACACUCAAAUCAAUAAACCAAUAAAUAAACUUAACUAGUCAUUAUAACUUACUUAUCAAUCAGAUAAAUCAAUUCACUCAAUCCAGGAAAAGUAAAGAGAGGGGGAUAAAUACGUUCAGGCACGAAAUAACACCUUAUAUCACCAACCACCAAACCAACCAGAAAGAGCAAUCAAAUAAAGCUAUUAUAUUUCGGUAGCUUCUUCAUCUAUAUCUCAGCAGAUUAUAUUAUUUAUUUACGAGCGUAACUCAAAUAGCUUCUUAUCGUCCAUCCGAAUAUCAACCGAGUGAAAUUUAGUAUGUAUGGAUGCGUUUGCAUUUAUUAGUGAAUAACGAAACCACGCAGUGUUCAUUACUGAAGCCAAGCCAGCAAGCAGCAGAAGAAGAACGAAUAUAAAUAAAGGCAUUAAUUCUCUAUCAUUUGUUGGCGUUGGUUCGUUUUGCUACAUUACAUUUCAUUGCAAGCAAGUAUAUUAUUGUUAUUAUUAGUCACACUCAGAAAAGACAGGAUCAAUAAGAUUAUACCACCGAAACUUAACAAAAGAAGUAGCAGCAUAAUAAUAAUUAAUAAAUGAGAUUCCUUCCUUCCCAUAUCAAAGUUAUAUUAUUGCGCUUCAACAAAAGUGAAUAGUACAUCUUCAACUUUUUAUAAAAUUUAAGUCAAAGCAAAUCAAGUGUUCAUCGAUCUCACCGACAUUAUAAAAUUGGAUAAGAAACAACUGGUCUCCUGGGUCUCUAUACAACCAGACACGAGAGUCUCACCACUUUGUGCAGAAGAAAAAUAAUUUGCAGAGGUAAAGUAGACGUGGAAGAAGAUAUUGCAAUGUCGGGGGACGAUUCAGACUGUGAGAUUGAGGACGACGACUAUGAAAACUACUACAACUCUCAAAUUGAGGAUGAGUUGGACAUGGGGGACAUUCGCAAGGAUGACCCUGAGAGUUUCCAGUACGAGUGCCUCCGAGUGGAAGAAGUGGAAAAACUACUCAACGAAUUAGUAGAAAUGAUGUCCAUCCAAUUGACUGUCACACCAGCCUUGGCCAAGCUGCUUCUACACACUCUAAAGUGGUCACUUCCCGAAAUCAUUGAGACGUACGAGGGGGAUGCACACGGGACCCUAGUGAACGCACGUGUGAAGCCAGCCAACAAUAACGUGCCCAAACCUCUGAUGCACUGCUCCUCCACGGCUGGGACCCUUAUGUGCCCUGUCUGCUAUGGAAAUCAGCCCUUACAGUCAUACAAGGCACUCGCGUGUGGCCACUUGUUCUGCCAAGAGUGCUGGGUAUCUCAUUUCGGAGUGCAAAUCAGUGAAGGAAUUAGUACAGGAAUCGGUUGUAUGGCACAAGAUUGUGUAGUUUUGGCCCCCGAAGACUUUGUGCUGUCAAUCGUCACCAGACCAAUAGUUAGAGAGAAAUAUCAACGCUUUGCAUUCGGGGACUAUGUCAAAUCUCACCCGCAGUUGAGAUUUUGUCCAGGACCAAAUUGUGAUAUAAUUGUUCGUUCCAAGGAGCCUUUAGCGAAAAAGGUUAUAUGCCAUAAUUGCAAGGCUGACUUUUGUUUCAAGUGUGGCACGGAUUAUCAUGCCCCCACCGAUUGUGAAACAAUCAAGCGAUGGCUUACCAAAUGCGCUGAUGAUAGUGAAACGGCCAAUUACAUCAGUGCUCAUACUAAAGAUUGCCCCAAGUGUCACAUAUGCAUUGAGAAGAACGGGGGGUGUAACCACAUGCAGUGUUAUAGCUGUAAGCACGACUUCUGCUGGAUGUGCUUAGGAGAUUGGAAGUCUCAUGGGUCUGAAUACUACGAGUGCUCAAGAUACAAAGAAAAUCCUAAUAUUGCGUAUGAAUCAGUUCACGCCCAAGCUCGUGAAGCUUUGAAGAAAUAUCUUCAUUACUACGAGCGGUGGGAGAACCAUUCAAAGAGCUUGAGAUUGGAAGAGCAAACGUUGCAAAGAAUUAAGGAUAGAAUCGAAUCCAAAGUCAUGGAGUCAGAGGGGACCUGGAUUGACUGGCAGUAUUUGCUCGACGCUGCAAACUUGUUGGCCAAAUGCCGUUACACCCUAAAGUACACCUAUCCAUAUGCAUACUACAUGGAAGCUGGCUCUAGGAAAGAGUUGGUGAGUCUGCUUUUUGAAUAUCAGCAAGCUCAACUGGAGGCGGAGAUUGAAAAUCUGUCGUGGAAAAUCGAACGGGCUGAGACAACUGAUCGAGGAGAUUUGCAAAAUCAGAUGGAUAUUGCAGAAAAGAGGCGCAGCAUCUUACUGAAAGACUUUUUAGAAGUAUAAGUAAUUAACUCUAUGACACAAGGAAUGAAGUGCAUAAUAGCUUUAUUAUUAUCCACUCUUUGAGAUUUAUUAUUUCAAGUCAAAUCGAAUGCACAAUACUAUGCAUCGUCGUCUUCUCCUUCUUCUUCACUGUUUCUCGUCGUCGUGCUCGUCGUCUAAUUUAAUCGUAUUUACGUAUAUACAUACGUUAUAUUAAGCAAUCGUUGAGAAAGGGUCAAAAUUGUCAAGUAGAGUUGGGUUAUUCUCCAUGUUUUGUAUUUUGAUAAGUUUUAAAUUAUCAUAAAAAUUGGAUUAUUUAUAUAAUACUAUUCGUAUAAGUAAUUUAUGUUAUUUACUUAAAUUUAACAUGAAUUGAAAAAAUGUAAUUUUCUGCUUUUCGUGACGUCUCGCUAAAAUCUGAUUUGAGUAUUAGUAUUUUAUUCGCUCAAUAUUGUAACUGCGAAUAAUCAUUUAGCGCAAAAUAAAUGUGCGAGUGCAUAUUGAUGAAUUUCGAA